UUAGUUCUCCCUAUAUAAUUCCAGCUCCACAUCCAAUAAUGUAAAACACAUACCAUAUUACAUUAUUAUUAGUCUCUGAUCAAAAUACUCCCUUCAGUUCAGGUUGUUGGAAUAAGAAGGGUGUUUUUUUACAAAUGGAGAAGACCUUUGAGCUUAGUGUUAAGAUAGAAGAGCCAACUUUGGUUGCACCUGCAGAAGAGACAGAGAAGGGUCUUUACUUCCUCUCCAACCUUGACCAGAAUAUUGCCGUGAUUGUUCGCACUAUCUACUGCUUCAAAUCGGAUUCUAAAGGCAAUGAGGAAGCUGUGGAAGUUAUCAAGAACGCCUUGUCAAAGGUUCUAGUGCAUUAUCAUCCUUUAGCUGGAAGGUUAACUAUUAGUUCAGAGGGGAAAUUGAUAGUGAAUUGUACUGGGGAAGGUGCUGUGUUUGUUGAGGCUGAAGCUAACUGUUCUAUUGAAGAGAUUGGUGACAUAACGAAGCCUGAUCCUGUGACUCUUGGAAAGCUGGUUUAUGAUAUUCCUGGAGCCAAGAACAUACUUGAGAUUCCUCCUCUAGUUGCUCAGGUUACUAAGUUCAAAUGUGGAGGAUUUGUUCUUGGGCUAUGCAUGAAUCAUUGUAUGUUUGAUGGAAUUGGAGCUAUGGAAUUUGUGAACUCAUGGGGUGAGACUGCAAGAGGCUUACCCUUAAAUGUCUCUCCAUUUCUAGAUAGAGGCAUACUCAAAGCAAGAAACCCUCCAAAAAUAGAGUCUUCCCAUGAUGAAUUCGCUGAGAUUCAAGAUAUCUCAGAAACCAGCAAGCUCUAUGAGGAAGAAAUGCUUUAUAGGUCCUUCUGUUUUGAUCCUGAGAAACUUGAAAAGCUCAAGAAAAAAGCCAUAGCAGAUGGAGUUCUGGAGAAGUGCACAACAUUUGAGGCACUCUCUGCCUUUGUAUGGAGAGCGCGAACCGAGUCGCUAAAGAUGCAACCUGAUCAAAACACAAAGCUCCUGUUUGCUGUUGAUGGCCGGUCUAGAUUUGAGCCACCAAUUCCAAAAGGGUACUUUGGCAAUGCAAUUGUGCUAACCAAUUCACUUUGUAGAGCAGGUGAUCUAUUGGGGAAUCCUCUGUCUUUUGCGGUUGUCCAGGUUCAGAAGGCUAUUAAUAUGGUUAAUGAUGGUUACAUGAGAUCUGCUAUUGAUUACUUUGAAAUAACAAGAGCCAGGCCUUCUCUUGCUGCAACUCUUUUGAUCACAACUUGGUCUAGGCUACCUUUCCACACCACUGAUUUCGGUUGGGGUGAGCCUCUCUUAUCAGGACCAGUUGCUUUGCCUGAGAAGGAAGUGAUUUUGUUCCUCUCUCAUGGUAAAGAGAGGAAAAGCAUAAAUGUUCUAUUGGGCUUGCCAGAAUCUGCCAUGAAGAUCUUUGAAGAACUAAUGCAGAUUUGAACUAUAUAUAUAUAUAUAUAUAUCUAUGUAUAACCUAUGAAUCUCUAUUGAAGCAUUAUUUAUUGAACAUUGUGUCAUUAGUAGGAACCCAGGCCUUGGAUUUGGAUGGACAAGGAGUAAAGUCUUAUUAUUCUUCAAUUCAAUAAUAAAAAAUGGAUAUUACUCUCUUGAGCACCAAGGCUCUGUGAACUUGCAAAAUCAUGUUCUUAUUUGUCUUUCUAUCUGUAAUUUUCUUCUCUUUUAUCUUCUCCUCAAUUCCCUUGUAAUUUUAAUUUUUGUAUUUAUUGUGUUCUCUUAUAGGCUAUGAUAAAUGCUUUUACUCCAAACAUGUUAUUAAAAACAUAUCAUUAAGUAUA